UAUCCAAACCGAGGUUCAUAAACAUUUCUUAAAAACUCAUCAUUUGCAUUGAAUUUUGUUAUUAUUUCUUUAAAACUCCUUAUUUAACUUCCGGAGCAUAAUCAAAUAAAAAAGACACUCUAAUAAAAUGCAUUUGGUUGAUCCUUUAAAUAUUGUAGAUUACUUAGAGCGACUAGGUUAUUACAAAGCUCCUGAUUUUGAGAGUUUUCAAGACGAACCAGUUGAUUAUGAAAAUGCAUUAAAAGAAUCGCUCCAAAACUUACAAACAUUUGCCGGAAUUCCUGCAUCUGGAAUAUUGGAUGCUCCAACAAAAGAGUUAAUUCAGACACCUAGAUGUGGUAUGCCUGAUUUUUCAAGUAACACUGGAACUCUAUUAGGCUCAAGGAAAAGACGGUAUGCACUGCAAGGAUCAGCUUGGAAAAAAACAAACCUUACUUGGAAAUUACUAAAUGACAACAAUGAUGGUUUAACACGUGAUCAAGUUGAAGACGUACUAAUUGAAGCCUUUACAAAAUGGGAAAAAGUAUCCUCUUUAAAUUUUAAAAAAUUAGAUUUACAAAGUAGCGAGAAAGUUGAUAUAGAAGUAAAAUUUGUACAAAAUUAUCAUCAGGAUCCAUAUGUUUUUGAUGGACUUGGUGGAACGUUAGCUCACGCUUUUUAUCCUCACACAAAUGAAGGUUUAUCUGGUGAUGUACACUUUGACGAUGCAGAAAUGUUUACCAUUGGUUCAUCAACUGGCCGUAAUUUGCUAUGGGUUGCUGUUCACGAGAUAGGACAUAGCAUAGGAUUAGAGCAUUCAAACGUAAAGGACGCAAUUAUGUUUCCUUAUUACAGAGGAAACAAAGGAAAUGAUUUUCCAUUGACUGAUGAUGAUAUUCUUGGAGUACAAACUCUUUAUGGUUCUAGAAAGAAAAUGCCUACCCAACCACCUAAUAACGAAAAUAUAUUAAAACCAAAUAAAUCAAAAAGUCGUUGUCCGAGUCGCAUCAUGGCAGCAGUUUUUGACAAACAAAGUGGACUUACCUACUUUUUCAACAAAGACAAAAUGUAUAUAAUCAAUGAACAUCUUAGUAACACCGAUGGUCCCUAUGAAAUAAAGAAGUUUUUUCCCGAACUCGAUUACGUGGAUGCAGCUUAUUUAAAUAAAAAAGAUCAACUUAUCUUAUUCAAUGGAACAAGAUACUACAUAUAUGCAAGUAUGGCUAGUCGUAGCUUUAUUGAAAGUGGUUCAAUUUUCAACAAAUAUAAGGGGUUAAAACAAGACAUUAAACAUAUUGACGCUAUUUUUAUAUGGUAUCUCAACGGAAAGACGUAUAUACUGGCUGGAAAAGAAUAUUACCGUUACGACGACUACAGCCAAUCAAUGGAUUUGAGCUACCCUCGUGACAUUAAAAAACACUUAGUUGGUGUACCAGAAAAUGUAGAUUCGGCUUUUGUGUGGAAAAAUAAAGUACUAUACAUCUUCAAAGAAUCGUUAUUUUAUCGGACUAACGAAAAGUUUCACGUUUUAAAAGAUUAUCCCAAACCAAUUGCUAAUGUGUGGAUUCAAUGUAAUGCAGAUCUUGUAUUUGAUGAAGUAAGCAGUGGAGGAAAUCGUUCAACUUGGAACUAUUAUGGAUUUAUUUCUGGUGUCAUUAUAAAUAUUGGGAUACACCUUUUAUUUUUUUGACACAUUCUUAUUAUUUAAUGUUUUAUCUAAUUUGUAAGCUUUUUUAACAAACCUCUAUAUUCUACAAUACAAAAAUGUUUAUGCAAGAAAUAUAUUUUUGAUUA